AGCUUCCGGGUUAAGCUGCGCAGAAAGGAAGAAUAAAGGCAACAUCAGAAAGAUGGCGGCGCACACGCAGAAAAACAACAAGCCAGGGAAAUCUGGAGGAAAAGAGGCCCAGCCGCUGAUACUGCCCAAGACGCCGGCGGAAGAGCAGCGUCUGAAGCUGGAGCGGCUCAUGCGGAACCCCGACAAGCCCGCCCCGCUCCCGGAGCGGCCGAAGGAGUGGUCCCCGCGAGGCCCGCCGGAGUUCGUCCGGGACGUGAUGGGCUCCAGCGCGGGCGCAGGCAGCGGGGAGUUCCACGUCUACCGCCACCUCCGCCGCAGAGAGUACCAGAGGCAGGACUUUCUGGACAAAAUGGCAGAGAAGCAGGACAAGGACGUGGACUACCUGAAGAAACUGGAGCAGAACAGACUGGCGGCCGAGGAGCGAACGGCGAAGCGAAGGAAGAAGCGGGAAAAGCUGAAGCAGAAGAAGCUUCUAGCAAAGAAGGCCAAGAUGGAGGGCAAAGACAGAAAGGAGGACGACAGCGACUCUAGCAGCAGCAGCAGCAGCAGUGGGGAGGAAGCGGGGAAGAAGGAGGAUGCAGACGAAGAGACAAAAGAGGAUGACGCCGAGACCCCAAGCUUCAUUAUGGGGAAAAAAUAGACCACCAUAUGAUGAAAGCACAGUGGAGGAAGACAUGGGGGAACUUUAGUGACGUUUGCGGAAGAACUUGGAGAUCCCAGCUUCACACAAAGGUUUAAGCCUUGUCGAUCAGCCCUCGGUGACCUCCAUCACCUGCGGGCACCACAAGGCUGCAGAAAGCAAGUCAAAGAAUGAAAAGGCGUGGCUCCCGCAGGCUUGGGAGUGCCACGUGCGAUGUUCCUUGGACAGAGUCCUGCUUCCCACGGUGGUGGCGGCCCGUGUCGGUGGCCGUCACCUUUCUUGAGGCAGGUAGAGCAAAAACCAGGCAGCCAGAUAUUGUUUGGACCAGGGGAAGCUUUUCCUGCCAGGCACUGUCCGCUGCCACAGUAAUGGUUGAUUACCUGAUUGUUUGCCUUUUUUUUUUUUUCUUCCUGUCAAUAAAACAGCCCAUCCUAGGCCUGAA